ACUGCAGUAGUUCUCUCGAGAGACCGGAGAAGCUAAAAAUGGUGUUGGGGUGGCACACAAUAGCGGUGGCGCUCGCGUGCACGGUUCUAGCAAUGCUGCCCGCAGUCUCGUCCCAGACGGCGCAUCCCGGCCAACCCCAGUUGUAUAAAGUCGGAGGCAGCCAUAUGUGGAAAAUGAAUGUGACCUUCAACUACACCACUUGGGCAAGCGGCAAACAUUUUCACAAGGGAGAUUGGCUCAUUUUUUAUUUUGACAAGACCAUGUUUAAUGUGCUGGAAGUAAACAAAACCUGCUAUGACUCUUGCGAUUCUGACCAACUUAACCAGACCAAGACUUACUAUUUCAUUAGCCACAGCUGGCAGUGCGCAAGUGGAAUGAAAGUAGCAAUUCACGUUGAAAAACAACCGCCUCCUCCGAUACCCUCCCCAAAAAAGAGCAGUUCUCCUCCUACUCUGCUCUCCACAUUCAGAGGUCACAUUCUUCUGCCAGCUUUGUUCACCAUUUCUGCUGUGUGGGAUUCCUUCCUGUUGCUUGUGUAGGUAGGAGCAUUUUUCAUCAUCUAGAUUACACGGCUUUGCUGAAUCGGUUAAGUUAAUUCGGAGCAACCCAAUUGUGAAGAAAGAUUGCUAUGUAGGAUGAUGUGUGCAUUUAUGUACCCGGAAAAGAAAACCUUGGCG